AGCGUUGAAAAGUUGAGACGAGUAGAGUUACAGUUACGAUUCCUCGUCCUUGUUCAAUCAAAUUGCAAACCUUCCUAUCUCUUGUGUUACCUUAGAAUUCACAAUUCAGAACUGAGUAUGAAUGAAUCUAUUGGUAACACAUACACAUAGUAGCGGGUAAACUGUCAACACUGCCACUUCCACGCUUUUUCCUUUCCUUUUCCUCCAAAUUCCAAUGCCAACAAUGCCACUGAACAACAUUCUUUGAGAUUUACGCAACAUUGUUCCUUUUUGUCAUGUUGCGGUCGGAAAAAGUUUUCCAUUGUUCUUCUCUCAGAUCGGACUCACUCUGACAACACCAACAACAGCAGAAGAAGACCCAAACGUCCUACAGUAAAAUAGUAUUGUCUGAUACAAUGAAGAAUAUGAUUUCACCCAUUCAAAAUGCCGUGCCAUCUCCUACUUUUCUAUGGAGGUUCAAGGUGACACUCUUUCUGAUAUGGGGACUUACUUGCUGUAAGAUUGGUUGGGAUUCUGUCAUGAGAAUGGAUGCAAAUUUGAGAGAUCUGUUUUUAUACGAGGCUUUUUUGUAUUACAAUCCUCUCCUACUUGUGACUAUUAUGGUCUGGCUUUGGGGAGUGAAUGUGUGGGUAUUUCUACAGUCCAAUAUAAGCUAUCCCAAGAUUUUUGAUAUUGAUCUAAAUCACCUUACUCACAAAGAGAUAUGGAAGUGUAGCACUUGGAUGACAAUCCUUGUCCCUACCAGCAUGACUUCUUAUCUCUAUCUCUAUUCUCAUGGGGAAGUAUCAUUGGCUGCAUCUCAACCAGUGCUUCUCUACAUAUUUGUUGCAAUGCUCUUGAUCUUUCCCUUCGAUAUAUUCUAUUUAUCCUCUCGGUACUUCUUUUUGAGGACAAUAUUGCGGAUAGCUUUCCCUUUGCAGCCAAUUUCGUUUCCUGACUUUUUCUUGGCAGAUAUUUUCACCUCCAUGGCAAAGGUGUUUUCAGAUUUGGAGCGAUCGGUUUGUAGAAUGGUAAACAAACAGGUUGCUACAAUAGCUUGGCUUGAAGCUGAUUCAGUAUGUGGUAGUCACUCAAUUGCAAUUCCAAUAGUUCUUGUUCUUCCUUAUUUGUGGCGUCUAUUGCAAUGUCUUCGCCAAUACAAAGAUACCAAAGAAAAAAAUUGUCUCUUGAAUGCUUUGAAAUAUUCGACAGCAGUCCCGGUAAUUUUUCUAUCAGCCCUUAAAUAUCACGUCUUACCUGAGAAAUGGACAACCCUUUAUCGGCCGCUGUGGCUUCUCUCAAGUGUCAUUAAUUCACUCUAUUCAUUUUACUGGGAUAUAACCAGAGAUUGGGAUUUAAGUGGCUUUUCACGCAUAUUUAAGUUCACCAAACCAAGUCUAGUUUCCAACUUGUUUUAUGGACGACAUUGGGUAUACUUUUGGGUAAUUGGAAGCAACCUUGUUCUGCGCGGUUCAUGGACAUACAAAUUAUCUGCUCAUCUGCGCCAUAACUAUCUGACAGUGUUCGGUAUCACUCUGUUGGAGAUGUUCCGGCGCUUCCAAUGGGUGUUUUUUAGAGUCGAAAAUGAGUGGAACAAGAUUACUCGGGCCAGUGUUCAACUCGCAGAAGUUCCAAGAGAGGAGGAGAAACUACUAGGCUCAAACAUUCAUGAUGUAUAGAGAAGCUCAGCCAAACAAAAUUUUGCCAAUUUCUUCUUUCCAUCACUAGGUCUAAUUCAUAUUUUCAGCUAAAUUUAUUCUUCUCCUCCCAAAAUCAUUUUUCUUCACCGUCACGAGGGAGUUUUCAUACAUAUGCAAGGAUGCCAAACAAUGUGUACUUACCGGAAGUCUCAGAGGCUCAAUGAAGAUGAAGAAGCAAGGUUGAAGAGCUGCAACAAUGGUGGCCAUAGUAGAUGAUGCUUUUAACAUAUCAUAUACUUAUUUGUUAACGGCUCUUUAAAUAGAUCAGAAUUUGUAACAAUGCAAGAUAUGGACCCAAAAGUUUUGUUUGAUGGGUAAACAAAAGUUAGAUCUGGAUACAUACAAUUUUAAUGAAAAAAGAGAGGUUGAAUGAGUUAAA